AAGAUCCAUUUCCUAUCAUAUGGAAAUCUGGUGUUAUGUUUAUGCCAUUUGUGUAAACCACCCCUUCACAAAGCCUGUCACUCUUAUGCGCUUACAUUGUCUUAGUGUUGGGAGUCAUCCAUUCAUCCAUUCAUUUAUUGAGGCCCUGCUCUGUGUCAGACAUAAUGGCAAGUACUGCGGAGAUACCAAAAUGAGUAAGACACAGACCCUGCUCUCAAGUGCUCAUAGUCUAGGAGGAAACCGAUUCUGCUAAUAAAUAAUCAUAAAACUGACAAGUGAAAUAAUAGAAAUACGUCAGAAGGACACUUGGUAGCACUGGAGAAAGAGGGGCUAAUUCCCUGGGGAUGUAGGUAAGGCUAUCACAGAUUUGAAGAUUGAGUGUUUAUUUGCGAGGGUGGAGAAAUAAAGGAAAUUUCUGAUUGGGGAAAGCACCAGCAAAGGUAUUAAGGUGGGUUUGUGGCAGGUCAAGGAAAAGUGAAGUCAGAGUGCUUGAUAUAUAGGACUCUAAGGUGCGAGAUUGGGAAGUGAGGCUGGAAAGAGUUUGGGGCUAGAUUGUGCAAGGUCUUUUAAGUCAAGCUAAGAGGCUUGCACUUUAGAGAGCAUAAAGAACCAACAGAUUUUAAAAACAGGUUUUAAUAAAGGAAAACAACUGAUGUAUGAUAAGUUCAGGUCUCAGAGAGUGACAGAAGUCUUGAAGAGCUAAAAGGACAACACUGAUUGAUUGACUGGUUGAGAGAGAAGGAAGAAUCUAAGGUGACCCCUUGAUUUCCUGCUAGGGAAGUGAGGUGGAUAUGAUACCAUCAGCAAGAUAGGGAAUCAGGAGUAACAACAAUAUACCUAAUUCAGUUUAAACUUAAGCAUAGGCAUGGUAAUUGUGAGAGUGAGUGAGAUGGAGAUCUUUCAGAGGAUGUUAAAGAAGGUGGGAAAAUGAGAGGAUUAAAGUAUAAUCUCAAGAAAACAUUAACAUUAAAGGGACAGGCUAAAGAAACAUCACUGUUGUAAUUAUCAGAAAGUAUAUAAGGAGAUUUGGAAUCCUAAGAGGAAGAAAGUUGCUGAAGGGAAGAAGAUGGUGCCAACUGCUGCAGACAUAUUUGAUAAGAUAGGACCAAUAACAGAUCAUUUGUAAGAUCGGUAAGUCACUGGUGACUUAAAGUAAUCUCAGUAAACUGGUGGUGGCAGACCUGAUGUUAUAGGUUAAAGCAGUGGAGGUAUUUUAGAAGUUUGAAAUGGAGUCAUGGGAAGAGAUUUUUCUUUCAUGGAGAGACUUGAGUUAUAUAUGCAUGCAUUCAAGUAUUUAUGGAACACCCUCUGUACACAAGUCAUAGCAAAAUAAUAAGACAGAUGUGUCCAGUCCUUUUGGAGGGCUAGGGAGAUAGAUACCAAAUAACUGGUUGCACAAUUCAUGAUUUAAUUGCAGUUGGAUAAGUGCCCAAAAGGGUAGAGCCAGAAAAACUUGACGGCAUCAUCAAGGGCACUUGGAUUCUGAGAACUCGGAGUUGAACUGAAACUUGAGGAACGAACAGGAGUUUAGUAGGCCAAGAGGUGUGGUGGAGGUGGGACAAAGAAUAAGCAGUCCUUCAGGACAGAAAGCAGCACGUGGAAAGCUGGGCAGCAGGACAAGCCCUGGCAAGUUGGGGGCACUCAGAGAAGGCCAGUCUGAUGAGAGCAGACAGAGCACAAACGGGGAAUGACCUGAGUCAAGGCUGGAGUAAGGCGAACAUGGGCCAAAAAGUAUAAAGUAGGAAUAAGAGUUGUGUGAGAGGAAGUUACCAGAUGGUUAUAAAGAAGGAGGAUGACUUAACGAGAUUUGCAUUUUUUAAGAUGCUCUUCUGACUGUGAUACAGAGAGCAGAUUGGAAGUGUGUAUGUUAAGAAUGGAGGAUACCAGGUAUCGAAAACCUCCCCUUUGAACUGCAGAGAAACUUUCAGCUCAUGAGGGACCUGGACCAAAGAACAGAGGACCUGAAGGCUGAAAUUGACAAGUUGGCCACUGAGUAUAUGAAUAGCGCCCGCAGCCUGAGCUCCGAGGAAAAAUUGGCCCUCCUCAAACAGAUCCAGGAAGCUUAUGGCAAGUGCAAGGAAUUUGGUGACGACAAGGUGCAGCUUGCCAUGCAGACCUAUGAGAUGGUGGACAAACACAUUCGGCGACUGGACACAGACCUGGCCCGUUUUGAGGCUGAUUUGAAGGAGAAGCAGAUUGAGUCCAGUGACUAUGACAGCUCUUCUAGCAAAGGCAAAAAGAAAGGCCGGACUCAAAAGGAGAAGAAAGCUGCCCGUGCUCGUUCCAAAGGAAAAAACUCAGAUGAAGAAGCUCCCAAAGCUGCCCAGAAGAAGUUGAAACUUGUGCGCACAAGUCCUGAGUAUGGGAUGCCCUCAGUGACCUUUGGCAGUGUCCAUCCCUCUGAUGUGUUGGAUAUGCCUGUGGAUCCCAACGAACCCACCUAUUGCCUUUGUCACCAGGUCUCCUAUGGAGAGAUGAUUGGCUGUGACAACCCUGAUUGUUCCAUCGAGUGGUUCCACUUUGCCUGUGUGGGGCUGACGACCAAGCCUCGGGGGAAGUGGUUCUGCCCACGCUGCUCCCAGGAACGCAAGAAGAAAUAGAUAGGGGCGAUGGAUUCCCACGGUUUCUUCCACAUCCCUGGACCCAGGCUAGUGGGGAGAGGAAAGCCUGUGCUGGGGCUCGGGGGCUCAGGGAGAGUGGAUGGCACAGUGUAGUCAUCCCUUCUCCUCCCCUCUCCCCACUCCUGGUGCUGAGGCUGCAUCCACACCCUGGUAGGGAGGGGUGCCACAGCCGCUAAACAUCUGUGCUCUCAUUGUCUGCCCCCCUCAGAGGGAAGUGGUCUUGCCCACUGUCCUUUUGCCUCUGUGCUGAGGUUGGUGCUGUAUUUCCAAGGGAUGGUCCUCUUCACUCCCCUUGCUUUGUAUUUAAGGACUGGGGCAGUAGCAUGGGGGCACUCCCUAGCCCUCCUGACUCCCUCCCCCUGUAGGGGGGGCUCUGGUGUGAUAAACUCUCUUUGUUCUCUUCCUGCUUUUUACAUGGUGGGGGCUCCCCAGAGCAUCUGGGCUGUGGCCUUAGUUGAAGGGGCACCCCUUCCUCUGUGCCAAGAGGAUUCAUCCUGGCCUUGUGAAUGGGAGAGGGGGCAAGGCGGAGUGCACGUAACUCACGUGUAAAGGAACUUGAGUAGGUGAAUAAAAGCUAUCCAUGUUGGCCUGCUGUGUUUAUUGUAGAGACUGUAUUUUAGAACAUGUGCUAUCCAUUUUGUUUGCAUCGUCUGGGUUGGAUUAGACGUGGGAGGAAGUAGAA